AAGCGGGCAAAAGUGUGGCAUAUUGCAAGUAUUGCAACCGGCACCAGGAUAAGGACUGGUCUCCAGAAGACAACCAAAGGUAAAUACUUUUCGGGUCAUUUCUUUUUUAAAACUAUAUAUUUUAAAGUCUUCAGGUGGACUUGUAAUUUGAAUUAUUUUGAUUAUAAAAACUUUUGGGAAGAAUUCGAGAAUUCGCACGACAAGUCCUUUGUUUUCGGGUUUGCAUGCUCUCGCUGCAUGCUGUCAUCUUGUUACAGGCGUGGGGUUUAACAAAAACGCAAUAUGAUACUAUAAAUUCGAAUUAAAAGUGAUGUUUUUAUAUAGGACAGGAAGAGGAGGGAAAGCCAGCCGACGAAGAAGAAAGUUCGGAAGUCCAACCAUUUGAAAUAACAAAGAAAACUAAAAGGGGAAUGUGGACCCAGAGCCUCACCAACGAGUUGGUAGAUGUCAUAACAUCAAACGAAUACUACAAGAAAAAGCUGAUUUUCGUCAAUACAAAAAUCCAGCAAAAUGGGAUUGUAUACCUAAAGGUUCUGAAGGAGAUGGAAGAAAGGGCGCAGAAAAAAAUCCCAUUCACCGCCUCGCAGUUGCGCACAAAAUUAAAAAAAUUAAUUGCAGAGUGCAAAAAAAUUUCCCUUACCGUCAAAACGGCAACUGGGGUUAAGCGUCUUCAGGAAGAAAGAGAAUAUGGUCAUUGGUUCGAUACCCUUUUUGAAUUGGUGAAGACAAGGGAUUCAUGCCGCCCAGAAUUAGCUAUCGAGCCAUCAGCUCCACAAAGCUCAAAAGAGACGGAUGGAAAUCCAGGAAAGAGGCAAUAUGUGCCCCUGCAGCCUAGCAAGGAAAAUAAAAAGAAAAAAAAAGAUCCAACAUCUACCGACCUAAUGGCGAAAGCAGUAGAAGUGAUGCAAACUGCCGUAGCAAAUGAUAACAGCAAAGAAAUGAUGGAGUUUAUGAGUCAAGAAAUGGAAAAGUCCCGGGCGCAUGAGCUUAAGCUUUUUCAGAUGCUCCUUAACCAGGAUCGACCAGCCAUUCCGUCGCCCCCACCAAUUACAUCAGUACAACCAGCCUACACAUUCGCACCAGUGUCGCCUCGGCGCAAAGUGGAGGUUAUCCCACAUAUUUACCGCAAAGCCAUGCUAGUGCCAUGCAUUAUGGGAGAUAUUCUCCUACAAUCUCAACCAGCUAUAACUUCGGCGCGAUCAAUGUGUCGGAUGAAAGGGAACCACGCCCACGAAGCAAUAAAAAAUAUAACAGCUCCAAAGUCAAUGAAAAAUGAACAGCUCCAACAGAAAGCAACUGUCGCUAAUAAAAUGAAAACCAGUUACAAUAUUUCAUAUUUAUUGUGUUACUUUAUAACAAAUAUUCUAAACAAUCCAUCGAUAUUCUAGAAUUGACAUUAAAAAAGUCUUCUUGAACAGUGAAAUCGAAUAGGAA